AUGGGCCUUUUCAACUCCAAGCACGAACGCAUCUGCUACAAUACCGUCGAAUCUAUGAAGCACAACAUCCUCGAGACAAUCAAGCACAAACUCCUCGAAACAAUCGAGCACAACAUCCUCGAUACAAUCGAACACAACGUCCUCGAAACAAUCAAGCACCACCUCAUCCGGAUGCGGACAAGCCUGUGCAGAGCAUUGAGAUUGAUGCCCCAGUCCCCACAAAGCAGCCCCAAGGUACAAAGCGAGUUCGUCCUGACAGUACCCUUGGCGCAACAGAGAGACACAGCUCGCGCUUCUCACCAGCGGCCCGACACCACUUGCAGCAUCAAGGCAACAGGCCUCCGCGCAUUCCUCCACAUGCUCCUCCACAUGCGGACAGGCCCGCGCAUGGUAUGGACUCUGAUGCUCCAGACUCCGCCGCAAGCCAUCCACGAGUUGCAAAACGCGUCCGUCGCGACUGGAUCCUUGGCGCAACAGAGAGACAUGGCUUGCGCUUCUCACCACCAGCGGCCCGAGACCACUUGCAGCAUGGAGGCAACAGGCCUCCGCACCCCGCAAUCCAUCCACCUGUUGCAAAGCGCGUCCGUCGCGACAGGCGCGUUGGUAUGCCAGACGGACAUGAUUCGGGCCCAUCUCGACCAGCGAACGAAGGGCAACAUCGCCGUGACGCCCGCCCUCUGUCUGGAACAGAGCGCCGCCCGGCACGACCUGUGGAACUCGAGCCUCAACCUCAACCCCAACCUCGGCCUCAACCUCGUACUGCGUCUCGCCCCCGACGCAACAUACCUGAGGCCCUGCGCACUAGUGUCCUACCGCGUCGACGCAAUCCCUCCCGCGUGUCGCGGCCACGACUGA